GGCCGCGGCCACUCGCAGCCCCGAAGGCCGGCCACUCCCAGCCAAGAAAGAAAGACGACGGCGACACGCAUAGGUACGCCGUACGCGGAACCAGUCGCAUGGGCCUCCUCGACCAGCUCUGGGACGACACGGUCGCCGGCCCGCGCCCGGACCACGGCUUCAGCAAGCUCCGGAAAUACUCCUCCUCGCCCUCGAGCACGGCGGCCGCGGACGUCGCGCCGGUAGUUACCCGGAGCAUCACCAUCGCCCGGCCGCCGUCUCUCUCCGUCCCGUUUGGCGAGUCGAGCUCCCUCCCGUCCUCCCCGGCCUGUGCGCCGGACUCCCCGUUCACAGCAGCUAGCAGUAGCACGCCCAGGGUGGACGGCUGGAGGGCGUUCCGCCGGAAGUCCAAGAUGGCCAACGUUGACGUCGUCCGGGCGGAGGCAACCGUCGGGCCCAGAAGCCCCACCGUGUACGACUGGGUGGUGAUCAGUUCAUUGGACCGAUGAAGCAGCACAUCCACCGAGGCCAGUCAGUCUCUGAAUUGUAUGCAUACAUGGAGGGUUUGUUGUUUGCUAUCCAGAGGAGUGUCCUACCUAUCAUGAAUUCAUGAUCGAGAUGGAUUCCAUUGUUGCCGUGAAGCUGAUACAGGCUCAGGAGGUGGACAGAUCUGUUUACGCGUCGCUCAUUAAGGAGAUCCGUUACUUUAUGUCUCUUUAUGAUUCUUGUAUUACUCAUAUCAAUCAUAGUAAUAAUAAGGUUAGUGAUAGUCUAGCUAAGUUUGCUCGUCUAGAAGGUAGAACCAUGACUUGGAUAGGUUCGGGGCCUUCAGAGGCAUUGGAGUUUGCAGUGAUUGAUUGUAUGGACCUUGUGAUUGAGUAAUACAUUAUUUCACCCACAAAAAAAG